UUUGACAGAUGUUGGUUCAGGAUCACCAUUCAAUGCCAAAAAUCGCAGGAGGGAGUGCGGGUUGUUUGUGGAUUACUCUGCAGCACAGGAGCGAAACAUGUCGGGAGAAAAAGGGACGAACCCGUGCAACAAAUUUCAAGCCAACAUCUUUAAUAAAAGUAAAUGUCAAAACUGCUUCAAGUCCCGCGAGCUGCAUCUGCUGAACGACCAUGACAUGGAGCAGGCAAAACCCGUCUAUGGAGGCUGGCUGUGUUUGGCGCCUGAGGGAACAGAUUUUGCCAACCCGAUGCAGAGGUCGCGGAAAUGGCAGCGCCGCUUCUUUAUUCUGUAUGAAGACGGCAGCCUGAGCUUCGCCCUGGAUGAACUGCCGAGCACUUUGCCUCAGGGGACGGUGAACCUGAAUCUGUGUACAAACAUCGCUGAUGCAGAGCCCAGGACGGGACAGAGGAACGCACUCGGCAUUGUCACUCCAGCACAGGAAAUAUUCAUCCGUGGUGACAAUAAAGAGAUUAUUAAUGGGUGGAGUGAUCAGCUCACCGUCUAUCUACGGACUGACAAGCCGAAUCAGAAGAAGAAACGCAAAGUGGAACCGGUUGCCACCCAGGAACCUAGUCCAGCAAAGAUGGCUGCAACUGAUCCAAGUCUACCGUCGUCUGAGAACGCUGCAGAGUCCGCUGCAGAGUCCGCUCGGUGGCAGGAAGACCAGCAGCAGGGCGUGGGAGCGGGUGAAACCCCUGUGUGGACUCUCCCAGACUCGGAUCCCCUGGAGAAGACCCCUGCAGGCAACGGCUACCUGUGCCCGGUCUCCUUGGACUUGGUGAGCAGUGGAAACACAGAGCCUGGCAGUACCAGCCAGCAGUCUGAGUCAAACAACAUCCAAACAUCAGCGAACAACAAGAACCAGAGCCAGGACAAAAGCCAUGGCAGGUCAACAGAAAGGCUGCUGGGAUUGGAGGCCAGCGAGAAAGAAGGAGCGAGGACAGCUGUUUCCAGGACGGGAAGGAGUGAAGCUCGCAGCAACCACCGAGAGGCAGCCCAGCAUCCAUUAGUGACACUGAUUAACCCCGGGGUGUCUGGCUGUUCUCCGCCUGAUGGGGCCGGACAGGCGAUGGUUUGA